UCCUCCUCCCGUGCUCCGCCUUCCUUUCUCUCUCGGCUAUUUCACUGAGAGCUCCAGGUUGGGAGCAGUUCAGUCCGUUUCCCCGCUACCCCGCCCCCCUUCCUCUUUUCUCCCCACCCCUCCCAUCUCCAGCCCGGUGGAGGAUGAAGCGGCUGCAGUGGCCCCAGCCCCAGCAGCGGCACCGGCGGUGGCUGCGGUGGGGGUGGCCGGAACUGGGGUGGUGAAGCGGUGGCGGCGGCAGCGGCGGUGGCCCAAGGAGCGGCAGCUGCCCAGCCGCUUCCCCUGUGCUUCCCUUCCUCUUUAGCGCAGCCAGGAAGUUUUUCGCUUCUGUGCAUGUAUAUGCGUGAGUGUGGGUGUAUAGGUGAAGGUUUGGGCGGCGUUUGUGCAGGCGUUGGGUUUUUUGCCCACUUCGCUUCCCGUAACCCGGGCAGCUCGGGAGCCUGGGCUGUGGCCCGAGGAGGGGGCGCGGCGGCGACUCUCUCCUUUUGUUGUUGUUUCCUCCGCCUGGGGAGCUGAAGGGGGGCCGCGUCUGGGUGGGGCGGCUCGGAGCCCCGGCCUGGUGGCCCCCGGGGCUCCCGGGCGGGCCGGGUAGGGCAGAGUAGAGCGGACUUCAACAUGAUGGCGGCCGAGGCCGGCAGCGAGGAGGGCGGGCCGGUGACCGCCGGGGCAGCAGGAGGCGGCGCGGCCGCGGGCUCGAGUGCCUAUCCGGCAGUGUGUCGGGUGAAGAUACCCGCGGCUCUGCCAGUGGCAGCCGCCCCCUAUCCUGGGCUGGCGGAGGCCGGAGUGGCAGGCACUGUGGGGAGCGGAGCUGCUUUGGGGUCAGGGUUCCUAGGAGCCGGGUCUGUGGCGGGGACACUGGGGGGAGCCGGGCUGUCAGGGGGAGGUGCUGCUGCUGGCGUGGCCGGUGCUGCAGCCGCCGGACCUGGUGGGGAGAUGGCUCUCACCAAAGGGACCACUUCGUUGCCUGCUGAGAACUUCGGGGCAGGCGGCGGAUUCCCUCCUCUGCCGCCUCCUCCUCAAUUGCCCCCUUUGGGCGCGGGCCUGGGAACAGUGGACGAAGGCGACUCUCUGGAUGGACCAGAAUACGAGGAGGAAGAGGUGGCCAUCCCGCUGACCGCUCCUCCAACUAACCAGUGGUAUCAUGGAAAGCUUGAUAGAACUAUGGCAGAAGAGCGCCUCAGACAGGCCGGGAAAUCUGGCAGUUACCUUAUAAGAGAGAGUGAUCGGAGGCCAGGGUCCUUUGUGCUUUCAUUUCUUAGUCUGACAAAUGUUGUCAACCAUUUUAGGAUUAUUGCUAUGUGUGGCGAUUACUACAUUGGUGGAAGACGUUUUUCUUCACUGUCAGAUCUAAUAGGUUAUUACAGUCAUGUUUCCUGUUUGCUUAAAGGAGAAAAAUUGCUUUAUCCAGUUGCACCGCCAGAGCCAGUAGAAGAUAGAAGGCGUGUUCGAGCCAUUCUGCCUUACACAAAAGUACCAGACACUGAUGAAAUAAGUUUCUUAAAAGGAGAUAUGUUCAUUGUUCAUAACGAAUUAGAAGAUGGAUGGAUGUGGGUUACAAAUCUCAGAACAGAUGAACAAGGCCUUAUUGUUGAAGACCUAGUAGAAGAGGUGGUUUGCAUGUAUUUUCAAGAUUGUGUUUUUUAUGGGACAGAUUAUGUCAUUGUAAGUAAUUUUUAUUUUAACAGCAUUGGGGACAUCAUAGAUCACUAUCGAAAAGAACAAAUCGUUGAAGGUUAUUAUCUUAAGGAACCUGUACCAAUGCAGGAUCAAGAACAAGUACUCAAUGAUACAGUGGAUGGCAAGGAAAUCUAUAAUACAAUUCGUCGAAAAACAAAGGAUGCCUUUUAUAAAAAUAUUGUUAAAAAAGGUUAUCUUCUAAAAAAGGGCAAAGGAAAACGGUGGAAAAAUUUAUAUUUUAUCUUAGAGGGCAGUGAUGCCCAACUUAUUUAUUUUGAGAGUGAAAAACGAGCUACGAAACCAAAAGGAUUAAUAGAUCUCAGCGUAUGUUCUGUCUAUGUUGUUCAUGAUAGUCUCUUUGGCAGGCCAAACUGUUUUCAGAUAGUAGUUCAGCACUUUAGUGAAGAACAUUACAUCUUUUACUUUGCAGGAGAAACUCCAGAACAAGCAGAGGAUUGGAUGAAAGGUCUGCAGGCAUUCUGCAAUUUACGGAAAAGUAGUCCAGGGACAUCUAAUAAACGCCUACGUCAGGUCAGCAGUCUUGUUUUACAUAUUGAAGAAGCCCAUAAACUCCCAAUAAAACAUUUUACUAGUCCAUAUUGUAACAUCUACCUGAACAGUGUCCAGGUAGCAAAAACUCAUGCAAGGGAAGGGCAAAACCCUGUAUGGUCAGAAGAGUUUGUCUUUGAUGAUCUUCCUCCUGACAUCAAUAGAUUUGAAAUAACUCUUAGUAAUAAAACAAAGAAAAGCAAAGAUCCUGAUAUCUUAUUUAUGCGCUGCCAGUUGAGCCGGUUACAGAAAGGGCAUGCUACAGAUGAAUGGUUUUUGCUCAGCUCUCAUAUACCGUUAAAAGGUAUUGAACCAGGAUCCCUGCGUGUCCGAGCACGAUAUUCUAUGGAAAAAAUCAUGCCAGAAGAAGAAUACAGUGAAUUUAAAGAGCUUAUAUUGCAGAAGGAGCUUCAUGUAGUCUAUGCUUUAUCACAUGUAUGUGGACAGGACCGAACACUACUGGCUAGCAUCCUGCUGAGGAUUUUUCUUCAUGAAAAGCUUGAAUCAUUGUUGUUAUGUACACUAAAUGACAGAGAAAUAAGCAUGGAAGAUGAAGCCACUACCUUAUUUCGAGCCACAACACUUGCAAGCACCUUGAUGGAGCAGUAUAUGAAAGCCACUGCUACACAGUUUGUUCACCAUGCUUUGAAAGACUCUAUUUUAAAGAUAAUGGAAAGCAAACAGUCUUGUGAGUUAAGUCCAUCAAAGUUAGAAAAAAAUGAAGAUGUGAACACUAAUUUAGCACACCUAUUAAACAUACUUUCAGAGCUGGUGGAGAAAAUAUUCAUGGCUUCAGAAAUACUUCCACCGACACUGAGAUAUAUUUAUGGGUGUUUACAGAAAUCUGUUCAGCACAAGUGGCCUACAAAUACCACCAUGAGAACAAGAGUUGUUAGUGGUUUUGUUUUUCUUCGACUUAUCUGUCCUGCCAUCCUGAAUCCACGGAUGUUUAAUAUCAUCUCAGAUUCCCCAUCUCCUAUUGCUGCAAGAACACUGAUAUUAGUUGCUAAGUCUGUACAGAACUUAGCAAAUCUUGUGGAAUUUGGAGCUAAGGAGCCCUAUAUGGAAGGUGUCAAUCCUUUCAUCAAAAGUAACAAACAUCGUAUGAUCAUGUUUUUAGAUGAACUUGGGAAUGUACCUGAACUUCCAGACACUACAGAGCAUUCUAGAACUGACCUGUCCCGUGAUUUAGCAGCAUUGCAUGAGAUCUGUGUGGCCCAUUCAGAUGAACUGCGAACACUCAGUAAUGAGCGUGGGGCACAGCAGCAUGUACUGAAAAAGCUUCUGGCUAUAACAGAAUUGCUUCAACAAAAACAAAACCAGUAUACAAAAACCAAUGAUGUGAGGUAGCAGCCUUCGCCCAAGUGUUCUGCAUGGAUUCAGCAUGCCCAACAUGGUAAUUCACAUCAGUAUGUCUCCUUUGCUCUUGCCAAAAAAUAGCACACCUUUCCACAUUCCAGUGAUGUGUGAGCUAUGCAAACAAAACCCUAGAUGCUGCUGGUGAAUAAUUGUGCCAGCAGCUUUGUAAGCUAUCUGUGCAGGAUAUUUGCACUUUUUCCACAUAUGGAUUCAAUCUUUACCAACCUCUGAGCCUUGGUGUACAGAUCACCUUUCAUUCAACAAAAUGCUAUGACUGUAUCUUGAACUCUGAGAAUAUAUUUUCAAUACAUCCAAUUGCCAAAGUUUUGCUGUCUCUUGGAAAAAGAACUAUGAAAUCAACUGACAAGAAAAAGCAUUCUCUGUUGACAAUUGAGUAUAACUGGAUUGCAGACUGUUCUUACUGUAACUUCCUGAUUUAGGAAUAUGACCGUUUGACUGUUUAAUGACUUUUAUUUGUAUUUACAGUUUCCAGAGUUUGCCAUUAUAAUAGGAACAAUCUUUGCUGUAUACUUUUUAAAAUACUGUGCUAUUUCUCUUGCUGGAACUGUUCAAAGAAAAUAUAUAGGAUGGAUGGAUCUAUUGCUCAUCAGCUUUAUUUUUUAAACAUGCCACUUAUUUUGUUCAAAUUGUCAAAAACUAUUUAGAUUUCAUAAUGCUUUUGUUAAAUGUUUACAUCAGUAAAUAGUUUGAAUUCAAUAAAUAUUGGUCAUUGUACUGAUCGAUGCAUGUUACCCAUUCAACCAUUUUAUAGAAUACCAAUUUCUUGUGUU